UAGGCGAUGGCGAUGGCUGGUCCGCCACUGGUUGCAGGUGUCAGUUUCCAAAAUAAAGUAGAAAUAUACAUACAUAAUACAUACAGGAAUGGAUUGUGCCAAGUUUGAAUGAAAGCAAAAGAUCGAUCCAGAAAAGAAAAUAACCUUCAAUUCUUCGCACGCAUCACGAUUUGAUUGAAUUAUUGUUUAUUGGCGCGAGUUCGCAGUCGGCCUGAAGUUGUAUUGAUCUUCUUCAUUCAAUGGCUGCUGCGGUGAACUUGAGCAGGAGAAGAAGUGCAUAUGCAUCCAUCCAACCCAGCAUCGGCUAUGGUCUGAUGAUCUUCACUAGAUUGUUCACCGCUGGCCCGGACCACUCUUUUGCUCAGAUGUUAAGGGCUCUACCCAAGGAUUUCCCUGCCACUAACAUCAAGCGGGAAGUUUCUCAGUUGAUUGGGAGGACGCCUCUGGUUUAUCUCAAUAAAGUUACACAAGGGUGUGGUGCAUAUAUAGCUGUAAAACAAGAGAUGAUGCAGCCUACUUCCAGCAUCAAGGAUCGGCCUGCAAUGGCAAUGAUUGCAGACGCAGAAAAGAAAGGUCUGAUCUCACCUGGGAAGACAACAUUAAUAGAGCCGACAUCUGGAAAUAUGGGUAUCAGUAUGGCAUUCAUGGCUGCGAUGAAAGGGUACAAGAUGGUUUUGACAAUGCCCUCAUAUACCAGCAUUGAGAGGAGGGUGACAAUGAAAGCAUUUGGAGCUGAUUUAAUAGUUACAGACCCAACCAAGGGUAUGGGUGGAACAGUGAGGAAAGCUUACCAGCUUCUGGAAUCCACACCAAAUGCUUUUAUGCUUCAGCAGUUCUCCAAUCCUGCAAAUACUCAAAUACAUUUCGACACAACCGGUCCUGAAAUAUGGGAGGACACACAGGGUAAUGUGGACAUUUUUGUUAUGGGAAUUGGAAGUGGUGGAACUGUCUCUGGCGUUGGACAAUACCUCAAAUCCCAAAACCCCAAUGUUAAGAUAUAUGGAAUGGAGCCAGCUGAAAGCAAUGUACUGAAUGGUGGCAAACCAGGUCCCCAUCAUAUAACUGGAAAUGGGGUUGGUUUCAAGCCAGACAUCCUGGACAUGGAUGUCAUGGAAGAAGUUCUGAUGGUUUCAAGUGAAGAAUCAGUUAGCAUGGCCAGAGAGUUGGCACUUAAGGAAGGCCUUAUGGUUGGGAUAUCAUCUGGGGCUAAUACAGUAGCUGCACUUAGCCUAGCUAGCAGACCCGAAAACAAAGGAAAACUCAUUGUGACGGUGCAUCCAAGCUUUGGUGAGCGAUACUUGUCGUCAGUCCUUUAUGAAAACCUCAGGAAAGAGGCUGAAGCAAUGCAACCAGUUCCAGUUGAUUAGGGUUAAGCAUAAAUACUCCAUGAUUAGCAGCAUAUAUGUAUAUGUAGCAUGCUUUUCUAUGAAUAAAAUACUUCCUAAAAUAGUGACUUUUCAUUAUGAAAAUGUUCAUUAUAUCCGUAAAUUCCCACCGCUUCCUUUAGGAUGAGAGAGUACGACUAGUAAUAAAUGCAGCCAAAAGACGUUGCUACUCCCAAAUUUGAAUCAAAAUAAGAGGCCAUUUGUCAACAUUGUUUUUCGGUUUAACUUUUUCACCAAACACGUAACUUUUGCUUUCGCACGCUGAAUUAUGUAAUAAGCAGAAAAGGUAAGGUUGGAGUUACUUUUCUGGCUGUAUUGGAUGAAGUUACUGUAGAUGACAAUUUUAGUUAUUUUUGCAUAUAAUUUUUUCUUUAUUUUAUUAAUAAAAUAUAUUUUAAAAUUAUUUUUUUCUUAAAUUAGCAGAAUCAGUCAAUACAGCCACUUCAGCCAGAACUUCAUAAAUUUCAGCAGAAUCAGGCGAAUCAACCGAUUUUCGUGCUACCAAACGGGCUCUGGAUGUUCAAAUUUUAAUCCCAGUUGUUUUGCUCUGCAAUCUAUCCCUAGCAAAGGUCAUUAUCAGAUGUGGCAGACGUGCUGAUGGCAUCAGCGGAGCCAAAACUUCUGAUUGGAAUUAAAACACAACGGUCAAUCAUUUCAAGUUCACGCACUUGUUUAGUCGUUUAGUUCUUCUUUUUGUUUAAAAUGAUACUCCCUCGGUCCCUAAAUGUUCUUCCGUAGUACAAAUGGCACACAGAUUAAGAAAGUGAGAAUUGUGUGAUGGAGAGUUGUGCAGAGGAGAGAAUGUGUAAGAUUGUGCGAUGAAGAGUUUUGCAGAGGAAAGAAUGUGUAAAAAUUAUAAGAAUGUGUAAGAAUUGCUAUGAAGCACAAUUUUUCGCCGAAAAGAAAAAGUGAAGUUCUUUUUUGGACGGACGAAAAAGGAAAGUUGAAAAUUCUUUUAGGGAUGGAGGGAGUACUCCGUAUGUACAACACUAAAUGUACAACGCUACAACGGCACGAUGAUAUGGUACUUUUGG